AUGGCGUCAAGGAAGCGCAAGCCUUUGUCGAUUAAGGACAAGCUGAAUAUCCUAGCGGCUGUCGAUAGGAACCCGAAGAGGAAGCGAAUCGACAUAGCAAACGAACUUGGACUGCCAGCGGCUACUGUGAAUACCGUUGUGUCGAAGCGGAAAGGGAUCGAGACGAACGCCAUGGCAUUCAGCGGCGCAACAAAACAAGCUUGUGAAGCCCAUCAUGGGGAGCUGGAGGAGGCGCUAUUGAAGUGGUUUAAACAAGCGCGGGCCUCUGGAGUUAACUUCAACGGCAGCGUGCUUAAGGAGAAAGCCCUCGAAGUUGUCGAUGCUCUUGGGAUUGACGACUUCACCACCUCCAAUGGGUGGAUAAGUCGCUUUCGAGCUAGGCAUGGCAUCGCCUACCGGCAGGUGAAUGGGGAGGCAGCAAGCGUGAAUCUGGCCGACGUCGAUAAGUGGUUAUCGCUGCUCCCCACCAUAAUUAUUUUCAUCCACGCGACGUUUACAACGCGGAUGAACUAG